GGUGCCUGAGGUGACGUGGGCUUGUGGGCGCUCACCUUGGAGCGUGAGCCUGGGGAGGAGGGUGUAGUUUAGAGGAAGAAGGUGGGGGCCGUCAUGGCUGUGAGAUGGUGGCACCGGGGGACACACACUGAGCAACAGGAAGUCUGGCAGGAACUUUGAGAGGCAGCAAGGCUGCUCGGGGCUCUCUGUGUCCUCCCUGGGUACCCCUAGGCCGGUCACUGACGACUGUUUGCCAGGUGCUUACACCAUCCACCUCUGGGCGUCAGGCCCAUCGAGGCACCUUCCAGGAGGGGCUGGUAGCAAUACCCGCGCGCAGCCAGGAAGCUGCAGCUCGGUGGGGAGAGGGUGCGGGCAGGUCUUCCGGUAGUUCUGUGGGACCCUGAGCCCUAGAUGCACCAUCAGCUGAGGGUCUUGCCAGCCAUGGGGUGGGGGUGGGGGUGAGCAGGGCUGGGGCAGGGUCAGAGCAAGGACAAAUGAAAGCCAGUACUGAGGGUGGCCCACUGGUGGACCCCUGCUCUGGGUAGGUGAAAGCAGGGACAGGGCCUGAAGGGGCCCCUUGCCCGGUUUCUAUGGGUAGUGAUGCCAGCCACCGAUUUCUGGGCCCUGAGUCCCAGUCAGUCUGGGGGGGAAAGUGACAAGAGGGGAUGCCAGCUGCCUCGCCUCCCCCCCCCCCCCCACAGCUGGGCUCAGAGCCCAGGAACCUCUAUUGAGGCCUUUUCUUGUUUCCUUAUCUGGAAAAGGGGGGACUGCCUUCCCAUCCCAGCCUGAAACUAAGGUCCAUGUGAUACCACAGCCCCUGUCUGGGCACUGUAGGGGGGAAGUGGACCGGGAGGGAGCCCAAAAGCUCUGCUCAAGGCCCCAUUAUUGGCAGGAACAUCCACAGGACUCCCCUCACCCCAGCAGGUCACAGGCCAGAUGCACAUUGGAGGCUCUCACCAUCCUGAGUGUCACUCUCUGUAGGCUGUGUCUGGGAAGCGGUGACCCUGACUGGGGGGGUCUCCUUAGGACCCCCUCACAUCACCCGGGGCCCCAGCCUCUCCGCAACCUCCUCUCCAUCGCCCAGGCUUGGCCUCGGGAAGUACACUGCCUCGGUGGGCUGGGGUGGGCCCCGGAGGAAGGAGCCGCUUGACUCGGAGUUAACAGGAAGAAGUUGAGCAGGCGGGGCAGGGGCGAGAACCACCAACUGCGCGCCUGCCUGGGUGGGGUUUGGGGUCAGGAGAGGAUGUGACUGUAAAGCCAGGAAGCUGCAGGGAAAGUUCUGAUUAAAACACACACACAAACAAAAGGCAGGUCCUCACUGUGCUUGGCGAUGCGCUCUGGGGCUGCGGUGCUGCGGGCCGGACCUGGGGCCCAGCUGAGCACACAGUUUGCUCCCAAGCAAGCAUCAAUGACCUCGACGACCGCCAUCCCCCCCCAGGAGGAGAGAGCUGGAACCAGGUGACUUCGCGUGCUCCCCCGACAGCCCUGCCGCUCCGCGUGGGCCUGUGUGUGCCUCAGCCUCUGACCCCUCCUGGUGUCCUGACUGACCGGCCACAGAGACAGAGAGCCCUGGGGGACCAGUCUGCUCAGCCAAGGAGCCCUGAGGAGCCGGGGGGGUGGCACCAGUGCCCAGCCUGCCCCGAGAAGGCCCCGGCCAGACCAUGGCAGGUGUCUGUGACACGGCCCCCAACUUCCUCUCCCCGUCUGGAAACCAGGCCCUGGAGCCUGCCCUGGGCAGUGCGGUCUCCCUGAACUGCACGGCCUGGGUGGUCUCUGGGCCCCACUGUCCCCUGCCCUCAGUCCAGUGGCUGAAAGAUGGGCUGCCGCUGGGCAAUGGAAGCCACUGUGGCCUCCAUGAAGACUCCCGGAUCAAGGCCAACUCAUCAGAGGUGCUUGUGUCCAGUGUUCUGGGGGUCAACCUGACCAGUGCUGAGGACUAUGGGGUCUUCACCUGCUCCAUCCUGAAUGUCAGCUCCUCCUCCUUCACUCUUUGGAGAGCUGGCCCAGCUGGCCACCUGGCCGCAGUGCUGGCCUCACUCCUGGUCCUGCUGGCCCUGCUCCUGGCGGCCCUGCUCUAUGUGAAGUGUCGACUGAAUGUGCUGCUCUGGUACCAAGACGCCUACGGGGAGCUGGAGAUGAACGACGGGAAACUCUACGACGCCUACGUCUCCUACAGCGACAGCCCCGAGGACCGGAAGUUCGUGAACUUCAUCCUGAAGCCACAGCUAGAGCGGCGUCGGGGCUACAAGCUCUUCCUGGAUGACCGCGACCUCCUGCCACGCGCGGAGCCCUCCGCCGAUCUCCUGGUGAACCUGAGCCGCUGUCGACGCCUCAUCGUGGUGCUGUCGGAAGCAUUCCUGGGCCGGGCCUGGUGCAGCCACAGCUUCCGGGAGGGCUUGUGCCGGCUACUGGAGCUCACGCGCAGGCCCAUAUUCAUCACCUUCGAGGGCCAGAGGCGCGACCCCGUGCACCCCGCGCUCCGCCUGCUGCGCCAGCACCGCCACCUGGUGACCCUGCUGCAAUGGAAGCCCGGCUCCGUGGCGCCUUCUUCAGAGUUUUGGAAGGAGCUGCAGCUGGCACUGCCACGGAAGAUGCGGCACAGAGCCAUGGAGGGAGACCCCCAGACCCGGCUGCAGGGUGACAAGGACCCCAUGCUGAUCGUGCAAGGCCACCUGCCCGAGGGUCGCACCCUGCACCUGGAGCUGGACCCCGACCCUGAGGGGGACCUGGGUGUCCGAGGGCCUAUCUUUGGGGAGCCAUCAGCUCCACCCCAUGCAAGUGGGGUCUCCCUUGGAGAGGGCCGGGGCAGCGAGGUGGAUGUCUCGGACCUCGGCUCCCGCAACUACAGUGCCCGCACGGACUUCUACUGCCUGGUGUCUGAGGAUGACGUGUAGCCUGCACCCGCCGGAGCGUCAGGAUCACCAAGGACAGCUGGGUGCAGGGCGGGGUGGGGUUUUUCUCCUCUCAGCAGGACUACCAGCCAUGAGACCUUGAGGGAAGUGGGGGGACUCUAGUGUGCCUCCUUGUGCCAGAAAAUAAAGUCCUUUUAGAUCCUG